AUGGAUGUGGAAGAGGAAGAGGAGGAGGAGCAGAUGGAGGAUAAGGAGGAAGAGCAGGAGAAGGAGGAAGAGCAGGAGAAGGAGCUGGAGGAGGAGGAGGAGAAGCAUGGGGAGGAGCAAGUGGAGGAGGAGAAGGGGGUGGAGCUGGAGGAGGAGAUAGUGGAGGAGGAGAAAAAGGAGGAGAAGGGAGAGGAAGCACUGGAGGAGGAGCAGGAGGAGGAGUUGGAGGCAGAGAAGGAGCUAGAGGAGGAGGAGGAGCUGGAGGAGGAGGAGCACCAAGCACCACCAAGGAAGUGCAAGCUGGUAGAGGAAGAGCACAAGGAGAGGAAACAUGCAUGCCCAGUGGUGAUUGACCUGGACAAGGAGAUGGAGGCAGAGGAGAUCAAGACCAAGCCUCACAAGCAGCUGGUGGUGCGCCAGUACUCUGAAGGCAACACUGAAGAGCAAUGCAAGGAGGCUGCCAGACUACUUGCCCUGCCCAACCUGGAGCUCAUUCCAAACUGA